UGCUCGUCUUCGACGCCGCGUUCCUCGGAUGACUCUUGCGUUUGAGGUCCGCGGAGGACGGCGGCAGCCAUGAGAACUUGGUCUCUGGAAAAAUCAAUCUUCCAUCAUACACGACAGAUUGGUUUCAGAGCUGGGAGACUCGCAGCACGUCGGAGAGAUUUGACGCUGUUUCGCGGCGCCGAGAUGAUCGCGCGGGAAAUGGAAUAAAAGAGACUGUACACGGUAAAUUAUUCAUACUGCGGGAUGUCGAAAGACCUUAAUCAUUCGAUUAUCAAUCGCUUGAUAGUCGAUGAACUAAUUAGAUCCGAAACUUUUCACAAUUCACGCCUGCUUAUGUUUCUCGGUACGAGAGAUAUCAUUUUUUUUCUUCUUCAUUAUAAGUAAAUACCCGACGGUAAAGAGCUCGAAUUCGUUAAUAAGAAGCUUCAGAAGUCUAGCUAUGUAAAUCUUAUCGUAUGUUUAGCAUUUAAUACGUCGCCACGCCACGGCGUCCUCACGAAAAGAUGCUUUUCCCGACGCGCAGAGAUGAGAUAAAACGAAUAUCUUCCAUCUCUUUAUAGAGUAGGUCUCUUUAUAGGAAAACAGCCCGCAUGAAACUGGACAACAAUUAGGAUCGCCCAAUAAAGCUGUUUGUCAUCACGAUGAGCCAAGGUUAAAGUGGGGAUCACGCGCACGGAUAUACAUGAUAAUUCUAAUAAUUCUACACAGACACCGUUUGGUAUCCGUGAGCACAAACGAAAAACCUACGCUUCCCGUCCACUCGUACUCGUGACCAGUAACUAUUACUCGACACAGGAAGCGAGGGGCCUGGAAGGGAAGCGUGAAUACCUUCGCUUGAAUUCUCCGUCCUCUGAUAUCGCGCCAUCAGGCACCGCGGCAUUUCUCCUUGCCUUGCUUUGGCAAAAAGCCGAACGUUACUGCCUUUGCCUUGCCACAAGAAUACUUUCCCAAGAUUUGCCGUUUCAACUGCCACUGCUACUGUCCAUCAGCAGCAGCAGCAGCAAUAUGGCCCGGCUGUGCGUUGCGCUUUUGUUUUCGGCAGUGGCGUAUUAUUAACAGAUCGUUAAUACUCAUUUCUCAGCGUGACCAGGAUCAUGUUAUAAUAUCAAUUUAUAGAUUUAUCAAUUUCUGAAUUACUAAACUCUCUUCCUCCCUCUCUUCUACUUCCGAGUGAUACUCUUCGCUCUACGCUCGAGAGGGUGCGCAUCGCGAAUAAUUCGCGAAUAUUGCAGAAUUAAAUCAUUAAAAAUUUCAUAGGUCAGUAUCUGGCGAACGACUAUCCACAAGCUCGGUACUUCGUCAUCGAAUGGAACCAAGGCGUGUAUCACUACAUAGGGUCUAUUUAGGAGGGUUCUACAACUUCGGUUGUCACUUGUCAGCCGCAAUCUUUAGUGUCUUCGUAACACUCGUGCUGGAAACAGGGAUCGUCCGAUUCGGACGUAACGUUUCGUGAGGAGUCCGGGCGACGCCAUCAGGCCGUAACAGGUCUCCUUAAUCCGAGAUCAUGCCUCGCAUCAUGGGCCCGUUGCUUAUAUGCUGUUUCUUGUAUCUUUAUCUCUGUUGCGCAGACAACGUAACGACAUCUGCGAGCGAAUGUAAACUGGAAGAUCAGCUGUACCUCUGUCCAAAUCAACGAUGCAUCUCUCUUUUGAAAACUUGCGACGGGGAAGAUGACUGCGGCGAUGGACAGGACGAAAAUGGUUCCUGUCCGAACAGCACAGCACCUUGUCAUUCGGCGGAUUGCGACCACCAUUGCAGGAACACUCCCCGAGGACCCGUAUGUCUCUGUCGGCCUGGUUUCAAGCUGGUGAACAAUCACACAUGCAUAGAUAUCAACGAAUGCGAGAUCUACGGGAUGUGUGAUCAUCAUUGCGUGAAUAACGCGGGAUCGUACAGCUGCUACUGUGAGAAGAGUUACACACUGCAGGAAGACGGGAAGACCUGCAAAGCCGAUGGUGGCGAGGCUACACUGGUAUUCUCUUCAAGGAACGAGAUCCGCGGUAUAUACCUUGACUCGCGGAAAAACUUUACGGUAGUGCAAAAUGUAACCAAAUCCGUCAGCGUAGCUGUUGAUGGAAACUACAUAUACUGGUCUGAAGAUCGUAUCGGUAAGCAGAUGAUCUUAAAGACGACUAUAGGAACGGACGAGAUGGCAAAGCCAGUCGUUGGAGUCGGUUUACAGAUGGUAACAGGAAUCGCCACAGAUUGGAUCACGGGUAACAUCUACUUUACAGACAACGGAUUCUAUCAGCUCAUCGGAGCCUGCAACAACGAAGGCUCACUUUGCACCGUAUUGGUUAACAAAACAACCCAUGGUCCACAGAGUAUCACGGUAUUGCCGAGUACCGGGAUGAUGUAUUGGUGCAAUGCGGGCAGUCAACCAUCCAUAUCUCAAGCAGGGAUGGACGGACGGAAUGUAAGCUUAUUCGUCACGGAGAACUUAGGAUGGCCAAACAGCGUGAGCAUCGACUACCCGAACGGUCGCUUAUAUUGGGUGGACACCAAGCUGAGAAAAGUAGAGUCGAUACGCUUAGACGGCACCGAUCGAAGGAUCAUAUUGGAAGACAUGGUAAAGCAUCCGUUUUCCGUAGCAGUCUUUGAGAACAAGCUAUACUGGAACGAUUGGUACACCAACACGAUAGAGUAUUGCGACAAGUUCACCGGCAAGAACUGCACGAUGCUGGUGAGCAGCAACGUUACAGCGAUGGAUAUUCACAUCGAUCAAUCGGCGAUCAAACCGAAGUUUAAGAAUCCGUGCCAGCCGAAUCCGUGCUCCGAGCUGUGUCUGCUGAAGCGAAAUGGCGGCUACACGUGCGCCUGUGCCAUGGGGAAAAAGCUAAACCCUGACAAUCACACCUGUCAAGAUAAUAGGAACAAUCGCAUUCUUAUAUUCACGCGUAGGGAGAUUUUCGAAUACUAUGACGGGUUGAUAGGAAUGCCGAAGCUGGAAACCUACAGUCAUCUUCUCACGAGGGCGGUGACGUAUGAUCCAGUAACCGGCGUUGUGCUACUGGCUAAAGUUACAGGAUCCAUUGACUUCUAUGAUCCUGCAGUAAAAUACGGACCUCAUUAUAUUGUUGUGUUCCGCGUAAAGGAUGUAGUAACAGAAAUGGCACAUGAUUACAUCAGUAAUAAUCUGUACAUGAUAUUCUCGAAGAACAAAGUUAUCCAGGUGUUGAACCUGAGAACCGAUAAUUACACGAUGUUACACUUCAACGACCAGCCUUACAAUAUCGUAUUGGUGCCUGAAAAGGGCAUGAUGUUCGUGAUGUUCGUUGACGACAUAGAAACAUCAGGCGAAAGAAAAUUCUAUGUAGCUAGACUACGAAUGGACGGAACAAGCCUCGAUCCUCUAUCGGUGAGGGCAAAAUUGAAGAAUGAUACCAAUCAAUUUGUGGGUCCAAAGGUAUCGUCAUAUUUCGACAGGGACAACGGACGAGUGAUUUAUGUCGAUCAGAAUACCGGUUUUACUUUGGCUAUUUCCGUGGAAGAUCUCAAAGUCGUCCAUCUUUCCAUGUCUAAGAUAAUGAGAAACCCUACAAACUUUAUUUCCACCGAAAAACACUUUUAUUGGAGCGAAUUUAAGUCGACCGUCUUAUUCUGGUACCCCCAGCAUUGGCCUUUCACGAAUAUGGCGUAUCGCCUCGAUCUACGUGACUUUAACAUAAACGACGAGAUUUUGCAUAUGGUGUUACUACGCAAUGUCAGCGUUCCCGAGAAGAACGUUUGUCGACGUAACAAGGGAAACUGUUGGCAUAUGUGUCUGACCAUCUCAACCACAGAGUUCGUCUGCGCCUGCCCACCUAAUAACAUGCUGGCUGCAGACAAUCGUACAUGCGUGCCUUGUUCUAACCACACGACUUGGUGCACUCCGAAUUUCUGCAUAAAUCGGAAGAAAUGGUGCGACGGCGUCUCAGACUGCCCGGACAACGUGGAUGAGAUGAGUGGCUGCACGGCAUUGAGUUCCUGUGACGAAGAGCAGUUUAUGUGUGGGGACGGCUCGUGCGUAGAUCUGGUCGGUCGUUGCGACUCGCAGUUCGAUUGCGCCGACGAAUCUGAUGAGAAGGACUGUAAGACCUGGCAGAAAUGCAAGAAAAAGCAGUUUAGGUGUAAUAACGGAAACUGCAUAAGUAUCUUCUUGAGGUGCAACGGCAAGUUCGACUGUUCCGAUUUUUCCGAUGAGGGAAACUGCAGAAACAACAAAUGCCCAUCAAACGAUUUUACAUGCAAUGAAACGCGACAGUGUAUUCCUCUGGAAUGGAGGUGUGACGGCGACAAAGAUUGUUAUGACGGUUCGGAUGAAGAAGGGUGUGAAUGCAGCAACGGAAACUUGAAGUGCGAAAAUGGUGUUUGUAUAUCUCCGUCGCUGCAAUGCGACGAUGUCGACGAUUGCGGCGAUUACACUGACGAAAAAUACUGUCAGAACGCAAGGAUAUCGCACGCUAAUUGCACCGAUGACGAAUACCGAUGCAUCAGCACCAACAUAUGCAUUCCGAAGAAGCGAAGGUGCAACGGUGUCCAAGAUUGCCCGAAAAACGACGACGAGUAUCGUUGCACGGUUUGUCUCGCGACAGAGUUCUCUUGCAGAAAUGGGAAAUGCAUCCAGAAGAGCUGGGCGUGCGACGGAGCUGACGAUUGCGGCGAUCAUUCGGAUGAAGAUUAUUGUAGCAUCGAUAGAAUACCGGUUAAUAUGAACUACAAUACAAUAUCGAACAAAUGCGAUGAGUUCCAAUGUUCCAGCACUGGCACGUGUCUGCCGUACAGCCAAGUAUGCGACCGUGUUGCACAUUGUGCUGACAGCAGUGAUGAACAGGGGAAAUGCUUUGUCGCCUGCGUGAAGGAGAACAAGUGCCAACAAUUGUGCUUUAAGACUCCGCAGGGAGGAGUUUGCGGUUGCAUAGAGGGGUACCGUCUGGACGCCAAUGGAAUGUCCUGUAACGACAUAAACGAGUGCGACAACGCGAUCUGCGCGCAGUUUUGCAAGAACACCGAGGGCUCGUACAAGUGUUCGUGCUUCGAUGGAUACGUUAUUCGUGACGAUGGUGUUUCCUGCAAAGCGAUUGGACCGUCGAUGGAGAUAUUUGCCAUUCUCUUCCAUGAUCACAGGAUCAGGAGAAUAUCUUUGAGUUCACGUUCCAUUAGCAUAGUCGAUGUGUCAUGGGAAGGGGAGGAAGAUCGUACAAAUUGGAUCACCGGUCUUGACGUUAACGCAAUCACUAACGCCAUUUAUUGGAGUACCAGGUAUACGUCCAUUAUUAGCAAAAUGGACCUGGAAACGCGAAACAUAAGCAGGAUAAUCGGAGAUACGACAGAUCCUUCAACUUUUGUCAAGGAGCCGACACAUAUUGCAGUUGAUUGGAUUACUAAUAACGUUUACUACGUCGUGGAGUAUGCUCAGCGUAGCAUCAACGUGUGCAACUUUGAAGAAAUGAAUUGCGCGACGGUGGCUCGGAGAGGAUGGGUGUACAUAACAUCGUUGCUACUUGAUCCAAUAAAUAGAUGGAUGUUUUGGGCUGAAGUCGAAGAGCAGCCGAGGUACAUUAAAAGGAGUAAAAUAUUCCGAGGGUAUAUGAACGGCACCGAAAUACAGCCGAUCAUUUCAAAAAAUAUAGGCCCUGUAGGCGGGAUGGCAAUCGAUCAUGUGAAAUCUAGGUUGUAUUGGUCCGACCACGAGGCCAUUGAGUCAUCCAAUCUUGAUGGAACCGAUCGCCAACUGUUCAAAAAAGCAUGGGAGUCGGAUUCGCUUGCUAUUUUUGAAAAUUCACUCUACGUCACUACAGUACGUGGGAUAAAGAAGUGUCUGCUAUACGGUACGCACUCGUGCGAAACGUUGGAUAUAGGCAAAAAUGAGAUAUAUAAAUACAUUGCUAUUAUGCACGUUUCCAGGUAUCCACAGAUUGUGAAUCCUUGCGAGAACUAUAAUUGCGCUUACAUGUGCAUUCUGAACGCAAAUGGACCGACUUGUAUAUGCAAGGACGGCAAGCGGGUAGGACCGAACGAGACUUGCGGAGACAGUCGAAUCAUACGUAAUUCAAGUGUUAACGCUAAUUCACAGAAUGGUCAACAUUCGUCUAGCAGUUACAGUGUGAUAAUAAUUACGUUACUGGUCAUUCUGCUGGUGUGCACUAUUAGUUACUCUUAUUAUCAGAGGAACAGGUUGAGAUUGAUUUCAAGAAAUUCCGAAUUUGUUAGCAGCAUCCGCUUCCAAAAUCCGUCGUAUGAUCGUGCGGACGAGGUCGCGGCGACGCUCGAUCAAUCGAGUUCGAAGUUAGCUUCCGGGAAGCACGAAUACGCGAAUCCUAUCGAUGACGAAGUAAUAAAGACUGCCGAGGAAUGUAGCAUUGAGAGGUUGAAACGAUGUCCAGAGCAAUCGGAAACGAAUGAGGUGCAGGAUAUCGCAACUUCUUUCACAGGACAAAAGCCGUCCAGGUCUCCUUGCUUCGAGAUCAUGCCUCGCAUCGUGAGCCCGUUGCUUACAUACGGUUUCUUAUAUCUUUAUCUCUGUUGCGCAGGCAUAUAUUCUCAAUUUAUCUUUCCGAAUAACUGUGAGAAACCGAGUUGGUUUCUUUGUCACAACGGACAAUGUAUUCCGUACACUUUCGAAUGUGAUGGAGACGUGGAUUGUGUGGACGGAUCGGACGAGAAAAACUGCAGCGACUUUACGUUUCGUUCUGCUCACUCAUCGUGCGCCACGGAUGAAUUCAAAUGCGACAAUAACGAAUGCAUACCGUCGGACAAGUUUUGCGAUAUGACGAAGGAUUGCACGGACGGAAGCGACGAGUACGAGAAUUGCACGCAGAAGUUGACCUGCGAAGAUAUGUUUCGCUGCCAGAAUGGACAUUGCGUGUCGAAGACAUGGCGCUGCGACGGCAUGACGGAUUGUUCUGACGGCAGCGAUGAAAUCAACUGCGGUAACGUAACGACAUCUGCGAGCGAAUGUAAACUGGAAGAUCAGCUGUACCUCUGUCCAAAUCAACGAUGCAUCUCUCUUUUGAAAACUUGCGACGGAAAGGAUGACUGCGGCGAUGGACAGGACGAAAAUGGCUCCUGUCCGAACAGCACAGCACCUUGUCAUUCGGCGGAUUGCGACCACCAUUGCAGGAACACUCCCCGAGGACCCGUAUGUCUCUGUCGGCCUGGUUUCAAGCUGGUGAACAAUCACACAUGCAUAGAUAUCAACGAAUGCGAGAUCUACGGGAUAUGUGAUCAUCAUUGCGUGAAUAACGCGGGAUCGUACAGCUGCUACUGUGAGAAGAGUUACACACUGCAGGAAGACGGGAAGACCUGCAAAGCCGAUGGUGGCGAGGCUACACUGGUAUUCUCUUCAAGGAACGAGAUCCGCGGUGUACACCUCGACUCGCAGAUAUACUUUGCGGUAGUGCAAAAUAUAAACAAUUCCGUCAGCGUAGCUAUUGAUGGAGACUACAUAUACUGGUCAGAAGAUAGUACGCGCGGCAAGCAGAUGAUCUUAAAGACGAUCCUAGGGACGCGCCAUGCAAGUCCAAUCGUUAAAAUCGGUGUAAAUACGGUGUCGGGAAUCGCCACAGAUUGGAUCACGGGUAACAUCUACUUCGCAGACGACGGCUUUGCACACAUUGCAGCCUGCAACAAACGCUCGCUUUGCACCAUAUUGGUUAAUGAAACAAAUGAGGCUCCAAAGAGUAUCACGGUGUUGCCAAGUACCGGGAUGAUGUAUUGGUGCAAUUGGGGCAGUCAACCAUCCAUAUCUCAAGCAGGGAUGGACGGACGGAAUGUAAGCUUAUUCGUCACGGAGAACUUAGAAUGGCCAAACAGCGUGAGCAUCGACUACCCGAACGGUCGCUUAUAUUGGGUGGACACCAAGCUGAGAAAAGUAGAGUCGAUACGCUUAGACGGCACCGAUCGAAGGGUCAUAUUGGGAAACGUGAUACACCAUCCGUUUUCCAUAGCGGUUUUUGAGAACAAGCUGUACUGGAGCGACUGGAACUCCAACACGAUACAGUAUUGCGACAAGUUCACCGGCAAGAACUGGACGAUGCUGGUGAGAAGUAGCGAUACACCUAUGGGUAUCCACAUCGAUCAUUCGGCGAUCAAACCGAAGUUUAAGAAUCCGUGCCAGCCGAAUCCGUGCUCCGAGCUGUGCCUGCUGAAACGAAAUGGCGGCUACACGUGCGCCUGUGCGAUGGGGAAAAAGCUAAACCCUGACAAUCACACCUGUCAAGACAUGAGGAACGACUAUCUUAUUAUAAUCACGCGUAGGGAGAUUGUCGAGUACUAUGACGAGUUGAUAGGAAUGCCGAAUAUAAAACCCUUGCAGACGACUUCUCUCUUCAGUGCGGUGACAUAUGAUUCGUUAACUGGCACUGUGAUUCUGGUAACUCCGACAAAUGAUAUCCUACGCUAUGAUCCCGCAAACAGCAAAGGCUACGUAGUAUUCCAGCAAACACCGCAUGUUCUCGACAUACAAGAUGUAGUAACAGGAAUGGCACAUGAUUACAUCAGUAAUAAUCUGUACCUGUCAUUCGCGAAGAGCAAGCUUAUCCUGGUGUUGAACCUGGAAUCCAACAAGAAGACGAUUUUACGCUUCGACAAGCGGCCUUACAAUAUCAUAUUGUUGCCUGAGAAGGGCAUGAUGUUCGUGGUUUUCGAGGACUUCACGGGAACGUACUCGGAUGAAGAAACAUUCCACGUACAUAGGCUGCAAAUGGACGGAACAAGUCUCGAGUCGCCAUCGAAGCAAGAUACUUUUUCUUUCCAGGGUCCAAAGAUAUCCAUAUGUUACAACAGCAUCAGAGAACGGGUGCUUUCUGUCGAUCAGAGUUCCAGUUCUAUGCACGAACGCGAAAGUAUCUUUACCGAAGAUCUCAGAAGGAGCUUUUUUCGCCUGCCUCAUAUAAUGAAAAGGCCUACAAACUUCAUUUCCACCGGAAAACACUUGUAUUGGAGUCAAUUAGGGUCGACUGUCUUAUCCUGGAUAUCCGACAAUGAUUACAUGAUGCCGUAUCACCUCGAUCUACGUGAAUUUAACAUAAACGACGAGAUUUUGCAUAUGGUGUUACUAUGCAAUGUCAGCAUUCACGAGGAGAACGGUUGUCGAAGAAACAACGGAAACUGUUCGCAUAUGUGUCUGACCAUCUCAACCACAGAGUUCGUCUGCGCCUGCCCACCUAAUGAGAUGCUGGCCGCGGACAAUCGUACGUGCGUCUCGCUGCCGGAAUGUCGUAACAACAUGAUUAGGUGCAAUCCGAGUACCUGCAUAGAUCGGAAGAAAUGGUGCGACGGCGUCCCAGACUGCCCGAACAAUGUCGACGAGAUGGUCGGCUGCAAGGCAUUGAGUUCCUGCGGCAAAGAGCAGUUUACGUGUGAGGACGGCUCGUGCAUAGACUUGGCCGGUCACUGCAACUGGCAUUUCGAUUGCGCCGACAACUCUGACGAGAAGAACUGUACGAGAUGCAAUAUAAACCAGUUCAGGUGUGGUGACGGAAAUUGCAUAAGUACCAUCUUGGUGUGCAACGGCAUGUCCGACUGUUCCGAUUUUUCCGACGAGAUAAACUGUGAAAAACACACGUGCCCACCAAUCGCGUUCACGUGUAAGGAAACGCGACAGUGUGUUCCUCUGGAGUGGAAGUGUGACGGCGACGAAGAUUGUGAGGACGGAUCAGACGAAAGAGGGUGUCUAGAAUGCAGCAACGAGAACUUCAAGUGCGAGAAUGGUUUCUGUAUAUCUUUGUCACUGCAAUGCAACGAUGUCGACGAUUGCGGUGACAACAGUGACGAGAAAUACUGUGAGAAAGGAAGAAUAUCGCACUCUGGUUGCACCGAUGACGAAUACCGAUGCGUCAACACCAAUAUAUGCAUUCCGAAGCGGCAGAAGUGCAACGGUGUUCAGGAUUGCCCGAAAAACGACGACGAGCAUCAUUGCUCGACUUGUCUUCCGACAGAGUUCUCUUGCAGAAAUGGGAAAUGCAUCCAGAAGAGGUGGGCGUGCGACGGAGUUGACGAUUGUGGCGAUCAUUCGGAUGAGGAUAAUUGCCGCAACCAUGAAAUUUCGUUUGAUAUCACCUUUAAUGUCACAUCGUCGAUCAAAUGCGAUGAGUUCCAAUGUUCCAGCACUGGCACGUGUCUGCCGUACAGCCAAGUAUGCGACCGUGUUGCACAUUGUGCUGACAACAGUGAUGAACAGGGGAAAUGCUUUGUCGCCUGCGUGAAGGAAAACAAGUGCCAACAAUUGUGCUUUAAGACUCCGCAGGGAGGAGUUUGCGGUUGCAUAGAGGGGUACCGUCUGGACGACGAUGGUAUGUCCUGCGUCGACAUAAACGAGUGCGAGAAUGUGACCUGCGCGCAGCUUUGCGAUAACACCGAGGGCUCGUACAAGUGUUCGUGCUUCGAUGGAUACGUUAUUCGUGACGAUGGUGUUUCCUGCAAAGCGACGGGACCAUCGAUGGAGAUAUUUGCCGUCGUCUCCGAUGACGAACACCUGAUCAGAAGAAUAUCACCGAGUUCACGUACCAUUGAAAUAAUCGACGUGUCGUCGGAACUGGAGAGUGAUUAUAUGAUCAGGAUCACCGGUCUUGACGUCAACGUUAUCAAGAACGCCAUUUAUUGGAGUAACAGCGAUUCGUGCACUAUUAGUAAAAUGGACUUGGGAACGCACAACAUAAGCAGGAUGAUCGGGAAUCCGAUAGAUCCUUCAACUUUUGUCAGGUAUCCGUCACAUAUUUCGGUCGAUUGGAUUACCAAUAACGUUUACUACGUCGAGAGAAUGACUAUAAGUUACAUCAAGGUAUGCAACUUUGAAGAAAUGAAGUGCGCGACGGUGGCUCGGAGAGGAUGGGUGCACAUACGAUCCCUCCUAGUUGAUCCGACAAAUAGAUGGCUGUUUUGGAGCGAGACCGAUACGCAGUCGGAGAACUGUAAAAUAUUCCGAUCAUACAUGAAGGGCACCCAAAUACAGACGAUCAUUUCAGAAAAUGUGGGCCCUGUAGUCGGGAUGGUAAUCGAUUAUAUGAAAUCUAGAUUGUAUUGGUCCGACAUUCGUCACGGGGUCAUCGAGUCGUCCAGUCUUGAUGGAACUGAUCGCCAGUUGUUCGUAAAAGCACAUUCGUUAAACCUUGGUAUUUUUGAAAAUUCACUCUACGUCACUGAACAACAUGGGAUAAAGAAGUGUCAGCUGUACGGCGAGCAAUCGUGCGAAACGGUGAACAUAGGCAAAGAUCAGAAAUAUUGGCACUUCGCUAUUAUGCACAUUUCCACGCGUCCAUACGUUACCAACUUUUGCGAGGACCAUAAUUGUGCUCACAUGUGCAUUCUGGACACAAGCGGGCUGGCGUGUAUGUGCCAGGACGGAAAGCUGGUAGGACCGAACGAGACUUGCAGAACGGAGGACGACAGUCGAAUGAUACGUAGUUCAAGUGCCAACGCUAAUUCGCAGAAUCGGUCUAGCUACAGCACAAUAAUAAUUACAUUUCUGAUCAUUCUGCUGAUGGUGUCCACUAUUGGCUACUGUUACUAUCAGAAGAGCAAAUUCAAGUUGCUUUCAACGAACUCCGAAGUUAGCAGCAUCCGCUUCCAAAACCCGUCGUACGAUCGUGCGGACGAGGUCGCGGUGACGCUCGAUCAGUCAAUUUCGAAGUUAGCUCCCGGGAAGCACGAGUACGCGAAUCCUAUCGAUAAGGAUGUAAUAAAGGCUGCGGAGGAAUGUAGCAUAGAGAAGCUGAGACGAACUCCGGCGCAAUUGGAAAUGGAUGAGAUGCGGGAUAUCUCAACUUCCUUCACAUGGCAAAAGUGAGUUCCGGUUGAGAAAACCGAGUGUGAUAUGAAGACUUAAUAUACCGGAGUUGUGAAGAUCAAGACACACACAUCUAACUCUAUUACGGACUCUUUCAACGUUCGGCGUUGAAAAUAUCAAGCCUCGAUAAAAGGUACAAAUGUAUAUAGAAAUGCAUAUCGGUGAUAUAUUAGCCUGUCUUGUGUAUUAGAGGUAUACUUACACAGAGUAUCAAAUGAUAAAGUAUUAAGUCUGAAAAUGUAGGUAAUUUAAUUUAUUGAGAAUCGUUGUGCAAUUUGUCUGUAGGCAGUUUUUGGGCAAAACUGACUUUGCCUUGAGUAAAAGUUGGUCGGCAAGUAAGAGAAUCGCUAUGUAAAAUAUUAAAAUAUAUUUAUUCUCGCAACGAUAUCAAUGUUUUGAGCGCUAAAGGCUGCCAACAUUUUGUACAUAUAUAUGUAUUUAUAUCUAUAUUAUAAUAUAUAUAUAUAUAUAUAUAUUGUUUAUUAUAUACAUUCUGCAUAAGUUAGGAUUACAUUUUUAUAACUUUGUGCAAAGCCGAAUAAAAUUUUUAUCGGCUAAGGUCUAGCAAGAAUUUAGCAAUACAGGCGAAUUAAUGAUGAAGAAAUCCAUUUUAACUUUUCAUAUUUUGUAAAGUAAACCUUUUUAAUCAGUCUAUUUCCCGUUUCGUUUUAAAUGCAAUGAAAAGUGUAGAAGUUCGAUUUUCUAACGAGUUAUUCGAUAUUCCCGCAAUCUCGUGCAAAAGUAGACAAUAUUAAAAAGUGUUCAGGAAACACAGUAUCAUAAGGAUAAAGACAAUAAAGAAAAUAAUUAUAAUAUUUACAGCGUAACCAAUUGGCGUGUAUCACAUAUUUGUAGAUAUCGUGUGUAUAAUCAGAUUGUUGCAAAUAUAUUAUAUUUACAGC